AUUCUCCGUGGAUAUUUAGCGUUUGCUUCGGUGAAAAUGCCGCCAAAAAAAAAGAAAAGGUUGUGUCCGUUUUCGUCAUCGAAACCGAGAGCGAAAAAGAAAUCGAAGAACGAGUUUGACAAAGAAUGGGCCGCAAAAUUGGCAGAGAGCGACAAAGGCUCAUUUUAUCAGCAAGAGAAGUGGCUCGAGGAGUUGGAUAUUCAGAAAACCGAAAAUGCUGCAGUUGCUGAGAGUGCAAGCCGCUCCAAAAUCCAGCUUGAAGAGCCAGAUGAAGAAAGCCAGUUAAGCUCAUCGACCCCAUCUGCUGAUGGAACCCCGGGGGGGGUACUUCCAUAUAUGGGCUAUAUGGGUAUGUGCCGCUGUGAAGGGUAUGGUUUUCAAGCAGUUUACUCUAGGAUAGGUUAUAUAAAUCAGAGCGUUUGGGUCUAGAAUAGGGUAUCAUUUUUCAGGAAACUGAUCACUUGGUUGAAGAUUUUAUCUAGACUGGGGAAACAGCUACUCUAGGAUAGGGGGAUUUUGAAAGUUUACUCUAGUAUAGGGUAGCAAAAUUCAGCUGAACUAGCUCUGGUAUAGGUCAAGGGUUCCAGGGUCCCAGCGGCACAUCCCCACCCAGAAAUUCCUAAAGUGCCCCCCCCGGGGAUGGAACGCGGAAAACAAUAAGCGGUCCAGCUAUCGUAUCGACCGAGAGAAACGGCUUGAGAAACUGGACGAGUCUGUAUCUUGUCGAUUUUGCCAGGGAAGAGUCCAAGUCAUGGAAAAUGUAGCGACUAAGCAUGGACUUGGUUCUACCUGGAGAAUCCAGUGCGAGAAUGAAAGCUGUCCGUCGCACAAGACAAAUUCUGUUCUUAAUUCUUCCGAGAAGAGCAGAGCGUUUGAAAUAAACCGGGCCUCAGUUCUUGGCCUUCGAGCAAUCGGUGGUGGACAUUCGGCGGCUUCAAAGUUUUUUAGUUUCCGUGGCCUGGCGCCGAUCAACAAAAACGCCUGGGCGGAUCAUGCAAAAAAGAUCGAAGGAGAGGCAAACCUUUUGCUCGAGAAAGAAUUAAACCGUGCUUCUCGUGGUGUGAGAGUGGAAGUU